UUAGCAGUUGAAUAAGUACUAAAUAUUGAUUAUCAUCUAUCUUUUAUUUGUAGCUAAAAUGGGUAUUGAUUUGUAUUAUUCAGCGGAAAGUGCACCAUGUAGAAAUGUUUUAUUUACUGCAAAACUAUUAGGAGUUGAAUUAAAUAUUAUACCUACCAAUCUUGAAAAAGAUGACCAUCUUAAACCAGAGUUUGUGAAGUUAAAUCCACAGCAUGUUAUUCCUACAUUGAAUGAUAACGGUUUUGUACUUUGGGAAAGUCGCGCCAUUUGUCAAUAUUUGGUGAAUCAAUACGGAAAAGAUGAUUCUUUAUAUCCAAAAGAGCCUAAAAAGAGGGCACUCGUUGAUGCACGGUUGUAUUUUGACAUGGGAACAUUAUAUGCAGCUUUCGCUGAGUAUUAUUAUCCACAAUUAUUCUUUGGUUCAAAAGAUCCAUUAGACCCAUCAAAAUAUAAUAAAAUGGACGAUGCUUUUAAAUUAUUUGAUAAGUUCUUAGAACAAAAUGAAUAUGCUGCUGGAGAUAAUGUAACAAUUGCAGACUUAACGUUAUCUGCUACCGUAGCCACAUAUGAAGUAAUGGAUUAUGAUAUUUCACAAUAUAAAAAUGUAUCCAAAUGGUUUGGUAAAAUUAAAGCAAUACCUGUUUAUGAAGAAGCCAAUGGUAAACCAGCGCAAGAAUUUGGUCAAUUUAAAAAUAAAAUGGGUCUCGAUUUUUAUUAUACACCUGGCAGUUCACCAUGCCGCAAUGUUUUAUUAACCGCAAAAGUAUUAGGGGUGGAACUAAACCUCAAGCACCUUAAUCUUAUGGAAGGUGAACACCUUAAACCAGAAUUCGUCAAGAUUAAUCCACAACAUUGCGUUCCCACACUAGACGACAAUGGUUUUGCACUCUGGGAAAGUCGUGCAAUUUGUGGAUAUUUGGUCAACCAAUAUGGAAAAGAUGAUUCUCUUUAUCCAAAAGAUGCUAAAAAACGUGCAUUAGUUGAUGCUCGAUUAUAUUUUGAUAUGGGAACUUUAUAUAACUCAUUUGCUGAAUAUUAUUAUCCAUCCAUAUUUGGAGGAGCACCUAGAGAUCCAACCAAAUUGGAAAAAAUUAACAACGCAUUCAAAUUCUUGGAUCAAUUCUUGGAACAAACUGAAUAUGCAGCUGGUAACCAAUUAACAAUUGCUGAUUUAUGUUUGGGAGCUACUGUAUCCACAUUUGAAGUAAUGGAUUAUGAUCUUGCACAAUAUAAAAAUGUGUCCCGUUGGUUCGCAAAAAUUAAAUCGUUACCUGGCUAUGAAGAAGCUAACAAUAAAGGAGUACAAGCAUUCAAGCAAUUAGUUGAUAUGCUUUCAAAAAAAUAAAUUUCAUACAUAAAUUAUAAAAUAAAGAACAUUUACGUAUUUUUAUUAUUCAU